GACAACUUUCUCGAGGAUUUCUCGAGAGCUGAUUUGAAAUGGCGGACAGCACUCUACAGCUAAAGAGGAAGAGGGAAGGCGCGGAGGCGCAGAGGAAGAAGGCAAAGACGCAAAAGAAGACUGAGGCAGGCGCGGGACAGGAUGUGGAAGUGGUUGCUACACCAGUAGCCAAAUCGAUACCGAAGCCUAAGCAGACUCCCAAAGCAACACCAAAGUCGAAGGACGCCCCCAAUGCGACACCGAAACCCUCGAAAACGAACGGCACAAGCGGCGAAGUUGCAUCAAAGACGAAAGCGAAGAAGCAGAAGUCCAAGGGUUCAGGGAACUGGAGCGUCUCAUCUGCUCAAGGUGGCUGGUUCUUGCCCCGCGAUCCUGUCUUCUCGGUCGAUGAGAAGUUCAUCAUCCUUGCUACCCAGAAAGCGCUCGAGAUCUACGCCGCCGACUCGUCUCUUCUGGCAUACAAGCUCCCCGUGAGCGGUUCUGGAGAGGUCACAGCAUAUGCUUUGUCUGCCACCGACUCGAACCGAGUCUACGUCGCCGAGUCUACUGGGUUGAUCACAUUGUGGGACUGGGUAUCUAGGCAAAAAAUUGGUCGCUGGGACAUCGGUGCGACUGUACGGAACAUGACAGUCGUUACGCACUCUGGCGAAGAUCUCGUCUACUGCCACGAACCGGGCAAGAGCCACAUCGUCAACGUACAUGCACUGCGAACAGGAGCCCAAGCCUCGACCACCGAACUCAAGCCCAUUCUGAAGACGAGCUCGACGAUCCUGGACAUUCAGGUGUUGCUGCAGGGGAAAUUCGUCGUUGUGGCUUGUGGCGACUCGCUGAUGGUGGGCAAGCGCCAGAAGCAGAGCAAGACCGCUGUACAGGACUUCGAGUACGUCUGGCGCGAGCUCAAGUUCGCUCAGCGCGUUACGACAUUCAACGCUUAUGUCCGCGACCCAGUUGAGGUAUCAGGAAAAGCCGCGAAGCCUGCCCAGGAUCAGAGGGACAUCAUCGAUAUUGCGAUUGGUGAUGUAUCUGGUGUGAUACUCUUGUUCGAGGAUAUCUUGGCAACUUUCGCCGCCAUUGAGAGCACCCAGAAGGCAGGGAAGACGAAAGCAGACAGCGCUGAGAGUCUGAGGCCGAAGAAGUUGCAUUGGCACAGGGACGCUGUAGGAUCGGUCAAAUGGUCGUUGGAUGGUAACUAUGUCAUCUCUGGAGGCGAUGAGACCGUCAUCACAAUCUGGCAGCUCGCAACCGGGAAGCCGCAGCACCUACCGCAUCUUACAGCCGCGAUCGAGAGCAUUGUAGUCUCCCCUUCAGGCUCCUCGUACGGCGUUACAUUGGCAAACAAUUCUGUCAUCGUCCUCUCGACUACCGAGCUCGAGGCUAAAACCAACAUUGUUGGCAUUCAGUCACGCCGAAUCGAGAUCGAACAGCUGCCAAAGAACGCGGACGCAGAAUCACCGCCCGCCUCCUACGAGAUCUUCCAGCCGGUGCCCUUGACCAUCAACCCGAUGAAUCCAGCAGAGGUGAUGUUCUCUGUGCCUUCGUCGCAGCCGCGCCACCGAAGCGAAGGGCUUCGUCCUGAGCCUUACCUGCAGACGUACGACCUCGCCAAUCAACACACCACCUCGAAGCAAGCUUUGACUCGAAACAACGCAACCGACCCAAAUUUGACCCCAGAAGGCCGACGAAUUCUCGAACCCACAGUUACCCUAGCGCAAGUCAGCCACGAUGGCGAGUGGCUUGCUACAGUAGACGAAUGGACGCCGCCUCAAGCCGACAUAUCCUACCUUGACGAGGGCAUUCCCGAGUUUAGGGAAGAGGAGCGCACCCAUCGCCGUGAAGUGUACCUGAAGAUUUGGCGAAGAGAUGUACAGAGUGGGCAGUGGAAGCUUGAGACUCGAUUGGACGCACCGCACUUCUUCCAGGACAUCUCUGCAAACGGAAAGGUGUUUGACUUGAUCGCCGAUCCUACCGCCCCAGGAUUUGCUACAGUCGGAGAGGACCAUUUUGUCCGAGUGUGGAGACCAAAGACAAGGCUUAGAGAUGGUUUGGUCGUACGCGGAGCUGAAAAGCAAGGUCUUGUUACUUGGUCGCUCGACUGCUCAGUCGAGAUCAGCGACAAGCUUGAUGUCCUCGACGCGGGUGCGAAUGCCCAGCAGGCUCUCCCACUUCGAAAUUCGCGUUUGGCAUUCUCCGCAGAUGGCUCGGUUAUGGCCGCCGCUAUUUCCUGGGCUUCAGAUGAAGACCCUGGAGUUGUUCAUCUGAUCGACGCGAACACUACCGCCAUUCAGCGAUCCUUGACCGAGGUCGAUGUUGUUGCACUUAGUGGUCUCGCAAUCCUUGACCGCCACCUCAUCGUUGUCGGAGACUCCAUCACAGUCUGGGAUAUGGUCCGGGAUCAGCUGGUGUACUGUGUACCUAUCAACACUCCUGGCAUCGAUCGCUUCGACCGCAUUCCUCUCGUCAAGCUUGCUACUAAUGAGACCGACAGCACGUUUGCUGUAUCGAUACCACGCUUCGAGAACAGUAACGCGCGCUUCCAGAGGGCUUCGUCUACUAUUCAAGUCUUCAAGCCUCAGCAAGCAGGAGCUCUUUGGUCAACCAAGAACUCUACCAUCAACCUCGCUUUUGCAUCUCGACAUAGCGAGAGAGGGUACGUUACCCUUGACUCAGCAGCGAACAUUCGUGUCAUUACUCCCACCAGUGGCACGGUACAGCUGCCAACACCUCCCCCAGAGGAGAUGCCUCAGCAAACUUCAUAUACCCAGGCAGAAGACGUCAUGGACGUCGAAGACGAUGACAUUCUGGUAUUAUCAGCUAUCGAUGAUGUUCUUAACAGCGAGGAGAGUGAUGCGGUUGUGGUCAAACCCGAGCAGCUGCAGCAGAUGUUCGAAGAAAGCGGCCAGAGCCAUGCGACAGGUUCCUUGAGCGCACUACUCAGCGCUGUCAUAGCAUUACACCAGAAGCCUACAUCUCUGCCCUUAAGAUAG